GUCGCACGUUGAUGACUUCACAACACUGGGCAUCAUGGUGAAGUCAAAACGUGGAACAACAACAGCCUCAUCGAAAAAGAGUGCAGACACAGAAAAAACGAGUGAAACUUUAUGCCAGGGCCUGGAGUCGAGUGACGAUGAUGCACCAGAGGAGGUCACCUUCGGGGACAGCAAGAACGAGGCGCUACGGAGCCUGAAACUCGCACUGGACUCAGCCAAAAGGGAGAAAGAGCUCCUAAAGGAGAAGAGGAGGAAGCGACAGGAGUUGUUUCAAGAGCAGAAGAAGAGAAAACUCCUCCCGGCUGAAGUGUUGGAAGAAAUCGAGUCUGCGUCUUUAAAGAAGGUUAAAGAAUCCUCUGCAGCUGAAGAGGAUGAGGCAGAGGAGACGAAGAGUUUAAUGAAGAGGAGGGAAAAGAAGAGGGCCGAAAAACACACCAGGAAUCUGGAGGGAAACUACACGGUGACGACGAUGAAAGGCGGAGCAGCCGUGUCCUUCCAGCAGAAAUCCGCUGAAGAUUUUCUCCAGUCCAGACUGUACGGGCCGGGACGCCUCCGGACCACAAAUAACCAAAUGCUGUCGCUACAAAAUAAGAGGGGCAGCCAAAAAAGUGCAGCGGUGCAGUUUGUGAAGAAGGACUGGGCUCUGCAGCAGAAGGCCAAAGCAGAGAAGCUGAAGAAGCGAUGGAUCCACAAGCUGCAGGUUCCUUCCUGACCACCGUUUCAGCGUCAAAGCCAUGGAUGGACAUGCAGAAGCUCCUCCUGCUUCUGUCCAGGACCACGACGGACUUCAGUGUGGGGUUCUAGUUACUUCUGUUCCAGGAUGGCCACCUUUGACCCCAAACCCAAAAGCUGACCCCCAUAUUGUGGAAGACACAAAGUCGGAUCGGUUUCCUCACUGAUCCAAACUGUUGCUAAACUUGAGAUCUGAACCAUCGUCUGCAGACGCUCAAAUCUGUUUACCGUUCAUCCUUUCUAGACCUACAACAGCAACAAUGUUUGUUUUUAACUAUUAAAAUGUCUCUGAAGGCCCACGUUUGACG